UUUUUGUUGAUAUAGAAAACAGUUCAGAUAUGUUAAGAAUUGUUAUUAAUUACUUUGGUUAAAUUUCAUGGAAAGCCUUAAAAUACUUAUUUCCUUGAGAUACUUAAUUAUAAAUUUGAGGGUUAACUCUAGUUCAUAAUAAUUAAUGUUGAUAUUUGAUAAUUAAUGUCAGUAAUUAAAGCAGUAUAGAUUAUAAUUUUACAGGACAUCAUGUUUAAACAAAAGUUUUUAUAUGAAUUUCAACUUUGUUUACUAAAUUUUUAACAUUGUAUUUGAAUUUUUUGGGUAAUUUUAUAUUCUAUUGGAUACUGCUAGUGUAAUAUUUUGAGAAUAGUCUGGAAGGUACAGAAGGAAGAACGGACAGGCGCGACACUCUGGCGCCAGAAAGCUAUUUUUCACUUUGUAAAUGUGUGUUUGGGAUUUACGCGUCACGUUGUACGCACAGCUGUAGCGACCGUCUGGAAGGGUCUCUGGAGGCUACCACUAGCCAGCCAAUCAGGGCGAGUCCUGGCGUGAUGUGAUGCGCUCGGCCGAAAUUCCUUAUUUGGGCAUGUUGAUGAAUGCUGUACUGUGAUUGGUCGGUUGGCCCACGGGGUUGCUUCCCUUGUCUUCACCUUUACAAGGGAAGGUAAUCUCGUCGACCAAGCAGGGUUGCCAGACGUACGACUAUAGUCGUACAUGUACGACUAUUUCGUAGUUCGGUACGACGUACGUCUGAACAUAGGGUCGUACACCUAUUUGUACGACUAUUUUGAAAUUUUGGUGGUUAAGAUGUUAUGGUUAAAUAUUUUGGUCUCAUAAACACAAUAUAUGCAGUUCUAAAGAAGCCAAAAUCGAAAAUUGUAAUGAAAUCGAUCUGAAUGUUAAUCCAAUUCAAGAAACAAUCGAUAGCUUCAUUAUAAUAGUUGAGAGGAAUGACAACAGAAUGCACAUAAAUCAAUAUCAUAUUGGAUACAUUAUUAAAAUAUGUGUGAUAUUCUGUAAGUACCUAUCAUCUUUGGAACAGUACGAACAAUUUAAGAAUUUAACAGUUGUUUACAUUGUUUGGUAAAUAUGAGUGACGCAGAAGAUGGGCUAAGUUCGCCACCAAAAAGGUGUGUAUUCAGCAAAAUGCAGGUAAACACAGGGCUCAAAAAUUUAGAAAAGAGUGGUUGUCUGAAACAGAAUUUAAAGAGUGGCUGUUACCUGUACAUGGAGACGAAUACAAGGCUAAGUGUAAAUUUUGUGGGAUAACACUUGUUACCGAAAUAAGUAACUUAAAGCGGCAUGCAACCGGUGGGAAACAUACAGCACUUAGAAUGUCUGCUACUGUUAGACAAACAUCGAUUUCUAGAUUUAUUGCAGCACCUAAAGUUGAUUUAGACAAAGAAGUUGCAUCUGCUGAAAUAAAACUUUCGGCAUUCAUUGCGGAGCACAAUGUUGCUUUUUCUGUUGCAGACCAUCUCACAGCUGUCAUAAAAGGUAUCUUUUCUGACCAUAAAAUUGCACAGAAAUUGACUCUUAAACGAACAAAAACAUGCAGUAUUGUAAAUAAUGUAAUAGCUGCCGAUCAUAAGGAGAAGUUGGCGAAUAAAUUAAAGAACACCAAAUUCAGCAUCCUUACAGAUGAAUCAACAGACAUAGGGACAAUAAAAAUGUCGUGCAUAGUGGUAAGGUACCAUGAUUUCCAGUCUGGAAGGAUAGAGAGCAAAUUCUGGGAACUAAGAGAAAUUUUUGACUCUUCAAAUAAAGUUGUGUGCGCCAGUGCAGAAAACCUGUUUCGUGGCUUGGUUGCUUCAAUCACAGAGUUUGGAAUUCCGUUGGAAAAUGUGAUCGGAUUUGGAGCAGAUGGAUGUAAUGUGAUGAUGGGUGAACAUAAUUCAGUAUCAUCUCGUCUCAAAGAAGCUUGUCCUGGGAUCGUGGUGGUUAAGUGCAUUUGUCAUUCGGCACAUCUGUGUGCUAGUGAAGCAUGUAAAGUGCUUCCUCGGUCUUGUGAAGAUAUGGCUCGUGAAAUAUACAAUUUCUUGAAGAGCAGUGCUAAACGACAGAGUGAGCUGAAAGAGUUUCAAACAUUUCUUGACAUGGAACCUUUGAAAAUGCUUCAUCCCUCGCAGACCAGGUGGUUGUCUUUGGUGGCAGUUGUUCAACGCAUUUUGGAGCAGUGGGAUGCUUUGAAAUUGUAUUUUACAGACUGUUGGUUGUCACAGAGACUCUUAAGUGCAGAAAACAUCUUCAAUGCACUUCACGAUCCUUUUUUUGAAACUGUAUUUCAUGUUCCUUUCAUGGGUUCUUCCGAAAUUCACAAAAUUCAACGAAUUUUUCCAGACGAAGAAUGUUGUUAUUACAGAACUACAUACCCAAUUAAGAGAUCUCUAUACUGACAUUCUCCUUAGUUUCAUGAAAAGGGACUAUGUCAUGAAAACACCACUCGAGGAAGUCGAUCCUGCCCUGGAGAAGUAUCAUCUUCCAGACACUGAGAUGUAUUUAGGAGUUAAAGUCCUGCAGCACAUUGAUAAACCAGAAAUCACUUCCAAGCCCGAUAUUCGCUGUCAUUUCUUUCACAGGUGUAGAACUUUCCUCACGGUUGCUGCGCAAGAAAUAAGAAAAAGAUAUAAUAUGAAUGAUCCGGUUCUGUCGAAACUUAGCUACCUGCAACCUAAAGCAGCUCUUUCACCAGUAUUCAGGGUUAACUGCCCUUACCUUCUUCCACUAGUAAAAGUAGUCCCAAGAAUUGUUUCUUGUGAUGAUGAUGCAAGUUUACAGUGUCUUGAUGAUCAGUGGAGGGAGCUUCCAUUUUCAAGGGCAAGGCUUCCAGAAGAUAUUGAUGAUGUAAACAGUCCUGACAUUUUCUGGAAUAUGCUUCUGAAACCAAGCUGUGACACACAAGAAGCUCAUUUCAAAGAAUUGGCUACAUUUGCACUUCAUGUGCUUAGUCUCCCGCACUCUAAUGCAGACUGUGAAAGAGUCUUCAGUCAGGUAAAUCUAGUGAAAACCAAAGUACGAAAUCGCCUCCUUCCAAAAACAGUGAACGGAGCUUUGCUUGCUUCCGAGUGUGUGAAGGAAAGUGGUACCUGUGCAUUGUUUCGCCCUACAGCUGAAAUGUUAUCGCGCAUGACAUCAGCAAACUUGUAUGCAUCCAGUGCACCAGAAAACGAUAUUGUGGAUAUUCUCUUCGAAAAGGAUGACUGAGUU